CGUAAUACGAGCGGAACUUCUGCUGCAGAAAUUAGGUCUUCCCCCAGCCUGCCUCCGGGAGCCGGCACCACAGAGGGGCCCAGCAUGGUGUUCCCGGGACCCCUGGCUGUCACACUGCUGGUGGUGCACCUCGCCAGCUCCCAGGAUGUCGCCGGUGAAGCCAGCGGUGAGCAGCAGCUGUGCUCCCUGAGGGAACACCCCAUCGUGGCCUUUGCAGAUCUGAAGCCAUGGGUCUCUAACUUCACCUACCCUGGAGCCCAAGAUUUCUCCCAGCUCGCUCUGGAUCCUUCCAGAAACCAGCUUAUCGUGGGAGCCAGGAACUACCUCUUCAGACUCAGCCUUGCCAAUGUCUCCCUCCUUCAGGCCACAGAGUGGGCCUCCAACGAGGACACGCGCCGCUCCUGCCAAAGCAAAGGGAAGACCGAGGAGGAAUGUCAGAACUACGUGCGAGUCCUGAUUGUCACUGGCCGGAAAGUGUUCAUGUGUGGGACCAAUGCCUUUUCUCCAGUGUGCUCCAGCAGACAGGUGGGGAACCUCAGCCGGACGGUGGAGAAGAUCAAUGGUGUGGCCCGCUGCCCCUAUGACCCGCGCCACAACUCCACGGCCGUCAUCUCCUCCCAGGGGGAGCUCUAUGCUGCCACGGUCAUUGACUUCUCAGGUCGGGACCCGGCUAUCUAUCGCAGCCUGGGCAGCCGGCCACCACUUCGCACUGCCCAGUAUAACUCCAAGUGGCUUAAUGAGCCAAACUUUGUUGCAGCCUAUGAUAUCGGACUAUUUGCGUACUUCUUCCUGCGGGAGAACGCGGUGGAGCACGACUGUGGACGCACCGUAUACUCUCGUGUGGCCCGCGUGUGCAAGAACGAUGUGGGGGGCCGCUUCCUGCUGGAGGACACUUGGACCACGUUCAUGAAGGCCCGGCUCAACUGCUCCCGCCCGGGCGAGGUCCCCUUCUACUACAACGAGCUGCAGAGUGCCUUCCACCUGCCCGAGCAGGACCUCAUCUACGGGGUCUUCACCACCAACGUAAACAGCAUCGCUGCGUCUGCUGUCUGCGUCUUCAAUCUCACUGCCAUCUCUCAGGCUUUCAGUGGCCCGUUUCGCUACCAGGAGAACCCCAGGGCCGCCUGGCUCCCCAUCGCCAACCCCAUCCCCAAUUUCCAGUGCGGCACCCUGCCGGAGGUGGGCCCCAACGAGAACCUGACGGAGCGCAGCCUGCAGGACGCACAGCGCCUGUUCCUGAUGAGCGAGGCCGUGCAGCCGGUGACACCCGAGCCUUGCGUCACCCAAGACAGCGUGCGCUUCUCACACCUCGUGGUGGACCUCGUGCAGGCCAAGGACACGCUCUACCACGUGCUCUACAUCGGCACAGAGUCGGGCACCAUCCUGAAGGCGUUGUCCACGACGAGCCGCAGCCUCCGCGGUUGCUACCUGGAGGAGCUGCACGUGCUGCCCCCUGGGCGCCGGGAGCCACUGCGCAGCCUGCGCAUUGUGCACAGCGCCCGCGCGCUCUUCGUGGGGCUGAGCGACGGCGUGCUGCGAGUCCCGCUGGAGAGGUGCGCCGCCUACCGCAGCCAGGGGGCCUGCCUGGGGGCACGGGACCCGUACUGCGGCUGGGAUGGAAAGCAGCAACGUUGCAGCACUCUCGAGGACAGCUCCAACAUGAGCCUCUGGACCCAGAACAUCACAGCAUGUCCUGUGCGAAAUGUGACUCGGGAUGGGGGCUUCGGCCCAUGGUCACCAUGGCAACCAUGUGAGCACUUGGAUGGGGACAACUCAGGCUCUUGCUUGUGUCGGUCCCGAGCCUGUGACUCCCCUAGACCCCGCUGUGGGGGCCUCGACUGCCUGGGGCCAGCCAUUCACAUUGCCAACUGCUCCAGGAACGGGGCGUGGACACCCUGGUCGUCUUGGGCCCUGUGCAGCACCUCCUGUGGGAUCGGAUUCCAGGUCCGCCAGCGAAGCUGCAGCAACCCUGCUCCGCGCCACGGGGGCCGCAUCUGCGUGGGCAAGAGCCGGGAGGAGCGGUUCUGUAACGAAAACACGCCUUGCCCGGUGCCCAUCUUCUGGGCAUCCUGGGGCUCCUGGAGCAAGUGCAGCAGCAACUGUGGGGGCGGCGUGCAGUCGCGCCGCCGGACCUGUGAGAACGGCAACUCCUGCCCGGGCUGCGGCGUGGAGUUCAAGACGUGCAACCCCGAGGCCUGCCCCGAAGUGCGGCGCAACACGCCGUGGACGCCGUGGCUGCCGGUGAACGUGACCCAGGGCGGGGCGCGGCAGGAGCAGCGCUUCCGCUUCACUUGCCGCGCGCCGCUGCCAGACCCCCACGGGCUGCAGUUUGGCCGGAGGAGGAUGGAAACCCGAACCUGCCCGGCGGACGGCUCUGGAGCCUGCGACACUGAUGCCCUGGUGGAGGAGCUCCUGCGCAGCGGGGGCGCCUCCCCGCUCACGGUGAGCGGGGGCUGGGCUGCUUGGGGCCCAUGGUCCUCCUGCUCCCGGGACUGUGAGCUGGGUUUCCGCGUCCGCAAGAGAACAUGCACGAACCCCGAGCCCCGCAAUGGGGGCCUGCCCUGCGUGGGUGACGCCGCCGAGUAUCAGGACUGCAACCCGCACGCUUGUCCAGUGCGGGGUGCCUGGUCUUGCUGGACCGCUUGGUCCCCAUGCUCAGCCUCCUGCGGUGGCGGCCACUACCAACGCACCCGUUCCUGCACCAGCCCCGCGCCUUCCCCCGGCGAGGACAUUUGUCUCGGGCUGCACACGGAGGAGGCGCUGUGUUCCACGCAGCCCUGCCCAGAAGGCUGGUCGCCGUGGUCUGAGUGGAGUGCAUGCGCUGAGGACGGAGUACAGAGCCGUGACAGACACUGUGAGGAGCUGGUCCCUGGGCCCAGCGCUUGUGCUGGAAACAGCAGCCAGAGCCGCCCCUGCCCUUACAGCGAGAUUCCCGUGAUCCUGCCUGCCUCCAGUGUGGAUGAGACCACCAGCUGUGGAGGGUUCAGCCUCAUCCACCUGGUGGCCACAGGUAUCUCCUGCUUCCUGGGCUCUGGGCUGCUGACCUUGGCGGUGUACCUGUCCUGCCAGCAUUGCCAGCACCAGUCCCAGGAGUCCACGCUCGUCCAUCCCGCCACCCCCAACCACCUGCACUACAAGGGUGGGGGCACCCCCAAGAAUGAGAAGUACACACCCAUGGAAUUCAAGACCCUGAACAAGAAUAACCUGAUCCCUGAUGACAGAGCCAACUUCUACCCAUUGCAGCAGACCAACGUGUACACGACCACCUACUACCCAAGCCCACUGAACAAACACAGCUUCCGGCCUGAGGCCUCACCUGGACAACGGUGCUUCCCCAACAGCUGAUAUCACUGUCCUGGGGACUUGGGCUCCUUGCCUUCCAAAGGCACAGAGCAGGUGGAGAUGGGACGGUGGAGCCAGUUUGGUUUUCUCCCUCUGCAGUAGGCCAGGAACUUGCUGCCUUGCCUUGUGGGGGGUCCCAUCCGGCUUCAGAGAGCUCUGCCUGGCAGUGACCAUGGGGGAGAGGACUGGCUUCAGGCUGGCAUGUGGCUGCAGUUCUGGCUCAGCCCAGGUCUCUCGUGGCCGGCUUGCAACCCACCAUCAUGCUGAUCUCCCCUGCCAUGUCUGGGCUGUGGACCUGCUAGGUGUGUGAGGGAAUUGGAGAGUGAGACGUCAGGAAGGCAGGCUCUUAGGUGUGGGUUGGAAAUGAGGGCCUGUGUGGCUAUCAUGGGCUGAGUCUGCCCCUCUCUGACUGGCCCCAGGAAGGGCCUGGGCCACAUCCCAAUUAUCUUGGAAAGAAACUAAUCUAAUGGCCCUAAUAGUUCUGUAUUCUCUGCCCAGGGCUGGGCCAUCAUGGUGCUGCCCCAGUGUGACAUGGGGACCAAGGCUGGCCCAGGUUGUCUGCCUUCUCUUAGCAGUCUGAACAUGGCCCAGGGACAUCCCUCUGGUCAGAGGCAGUGAGGACUGGGGGCUGGAGGCUGAUCUUUGCUGAGAAGUCCUUUAAUCUGGGCUGGCUCAUCCCUCAGCCUUUCCUUCAGAGUGCACGAAUGGUAGCCCAGGAGCAAGGGAGGCGGGACUCCAGCCCCCGUGCUGCUCUGGAGACUGCCUUCCAGUUGCUGCUCGAUGCAGCUGUUGGCUGAGACCUGCUUGGGAGUCUGUGCUGGCCCCUCAUCUGUUCAGGAACACAUACACACGUACACACACAAUCACAAUCUGCUGCAGCAACAAAAAGGAUGUUGGGCUGUGGCAUGAUUAAUUAAAGAUGA